AUGAACGAGGAGGCGCAAGCUGAGGAGGCGCAGGGAGUCGUGGACGGGCUGGACCAGGGCUCAGCAGAGCAGAACCAUAACGACCAGGUCUGGAUCCGACUCCGAGGAAUGCAGAAGUAUAAAAGCACGUCGCAGAGGCUGCGGGGGGCGCUGGCCCAGAUGGACCUGGGUCUGGUGGACCUGGAGGAACUCCGCAGGAACCUGGAGCUUGCUGCCUCCGUCCUGGAGGCCGUUUACAUAGAUGAGACCAGGCGUCUGCUGGACAACGAGGAUGAGCUCAGCGACUUGCAGGCGGAGUCGGUGCCCACCGAGGUGCGUGAUUGGCUGGCGUGCACCUUCAGCAGGAAGAUGGGCAUGGCCAAGCGUCGUCCUGAGGAGAAGCCCAGGUUCAGGAGCAUCGUCCACGCAGUGCAGGCUGGGAUAUUUGUAGAGAGGAUGUACAGACGGACGUCCAACAUGGCGGGGCUGACCUACCCCCCUGCGGCGCUGACGGCUCUGAAGGAAGUUGAUCAGUGGUCGUUUGAUGUGUUUUCCUUCCAUGAAGCCACCGGAGACCACGCCCUCAAGUUCCUGGUCUACGACCUGCUGACCCGCUAUGACCUCAUCAACAGGUUCAGGGUCCCAGUUCAGGCUCUGGUCCAGUUUGUGGAGGCUCUGGAGUCGGGAUACAGCAAACACAGGAACCCCUACCACAACCUGAUCCACGCUGCCGACGUCACCCAGACCGCCCACUUCCUGAUGUUACACACCGGGCUGAUGCAUUGGUUGAGUGAGCUGGAGAUUCUGGCGAUGGUUUUUGCUGCAGCGAUCCAUGACUUCGAACACACAGGAACCACCAACAACUUCCACAUCCAGACCAGGUCGGACGUGGCGAUCAUGUACAACGACAGAUCGGUGCUGGAGAACCACCACGUCAGCGCCGCCUACAAGCUGAUGGCAGAGGAGGACAUGAACAUCCUGACCAACCUGAACAAGGACGACUGGAGGGAGCUGAGGGCUCUGGUCAUAGAGAUGGUGAUGUCCACCGACAUGUCCUGUCACUUCCAGCAGAUCAAGACCAUGAGGAACACCCUGACACAGACACACGGGAUCGAUAAAGUCAAGGUUUUGUCUUUGAUGCUUCAUGCGGCAGACAUCAGUCACCCAGCCAAAGCCUGGCCGCUGCACUACCGCUGGACCCACAGUCUGAUGGAGGAGUUCUUCAGACAGGGAGAUAAAGAGGUGGAGCUUGGCCUUCCUUUUUCUCCGCUCUGCGACCGCAAAGCCACGAUGAUCGCCCAAUCACAGAUCGGCUUCAUAGACUUCAUCGUGGAGCCGACCUUCAGCGUUCUGGUCGACACGACGGAGAAGGUGAUUGGUCCUUUGAUAGAAGAGGAGAGAAAGGCCAGAGAGACUGGAAACAGAAGGUCUAGUCUGACAGGAAGUGGCUCAGUGACCGUGGAGGCGGUGCAGAGACACAGCAGUAAUCGCCAUGGCAACAGUGAUGACGGACAGAUGGACUUUUCUCUGACAGCCAUCGACCUGCCAGCUCUCAGGCUCCGCCUCUCCGGCAUCAUCGCCAGCAACAAGGAACGCUGGAAGGAGCUCGCCGUGCACGAGCUGGCCACCAAGGAUCAGGAGGAGAGCCCUGAGAGAAAGGAGGAGGCGGAGUCUAAUGCAGACAACAAAGACAACCAAUCAGAUGCCUCACCCAGCCACAGUGCCCCUGACAGACAAGCUCCUGACCAAUCACAGAGCCCCGAUGCCUCCUCGCUCGAUGACGUGCAUGACGACCACGCGGCACCAGACCACCGCACCUGGAACGCAAAACCAGCAAAACCACUGCUCUGGGACUUCAGAUUCUCCCAGUUCCAUGAUGAUUUCUACACCCAACGAUGA